CAGGUGUACAACAAUACCUCAAUUAUCUUAUCACCUUUUAUCCAAUCACAAGGCUCUAAAUUAACACGUGAUCAGAAGCGUGCAGCUGAGCCUGGCAUGGCGCGGUCGCGGAACUGAGAGGUGGCAACAAAUAUGGCGUCUGAAGAAAGUUUGGAACAUGCUGGCCGUUUUUGACGAGGGAUUGUGGAUUUUUUGACAUGUAUUUUAACGAUAUGGCCCUGGAGUUAAAGUUACACAGUCCUGCCGGAGCAGAGUCUAUUGUCUAUUCGUGGCCACUACAAAAAUCGGACGGACGAGACGAGGCAGCAGAGAUUGUUGAAACUAUCAGAUGGGUUUGUGCCGAUUUUCCAGAACUGAAACUCGCUGUCGAGCACUAUGUUCUUCGUGAGUUUGAUCCAACCAGCUACGAAAGCAUGUCCAAACUUUGUGAACGGUACAAUCGAGCGAUCGACGGAAUUUUACAAUUGUGGAAAGGUUGUGCCCCUCCAUCUUGUAUUAAUGUUCCACCUUCUCAAGAACUUCUGCGUCACAUUAUACAGCAAGUGUACAGUCACUCUGUCAGAGACCCAGACAAGCUGAAUGAUUAUGAACCAUUUUCUCCUGAGGUAUAUGGUGAAACAUCAUUUGAUCUUGUGGCUCAGAUGAUAAAGGAAGUGCCCAUGAGUCCACAUGAUUUAUUCAUUGAUCUAGGAAGUGGUGUGGGUCAAGUCGUAUUACAAGUUGCAGCAUCAGGAAAUAUCAAGGAAUGUUAUGGUAUAGAAAAAGCAGACAUCCCCGCAAGAUAUGCAGAGGAAAUGGACAGGGAAUUCCGUAAAUGGAUGCGAUGGUUUGGGAAAACUUACAAACCUUACAAGCUCGUAAAGGGUGAUUUCUUAGAGGAUAAAAUGAGAGAAAAGAUACAAUCUGCUGGGAUUGUGUUUGUCAACAAUUUUGCCUUUGGACCAGAUGUUGAUCACAAAUUGAAGGAAAGAUUUGCCACAAUGCGAGAAGGUGCCAAGAUUAUUUCAUCCAAAGCAUUUUGUUCCCUCAAUUUCAGAACCACAUCACGUAAUUUAUCAGAUAUUGGCACUAUACUGCGGGUGUCUGAACUCAAGCCAAAUGGCCGUGCAGUGUCUUGGACAGGAAAGCCUGUUUCCUAUUUUGUUCAUGUUAUUGAUAGGACCCUGCUGGAGCAGUAUUUUGCAGACCUCAAAAGGCGAAAGGAGGGUAGAGACUUCAGUGAUGCUAGUAGCUUGAGUGACUCGAUGGCAAGCACUCCAAACUUUGAAGAACUGGAUGACGUUCUGUUUGGUGUUUCAACCAGACACCAAUGGAAUCAGCUUAUCACCCAAAUUGAAGCUACCAACAAAGCAAACAAGGGCCACAGUCGAAAUUCAAGGAAAAGUCACAGCAAAAAGAGUGUGCUGCAGGAAAGGAAUGGCAGUGUGAAUCCUACAUGGCCAGAUCAAGAACAGAAAGAUGGCAGCAAAGGACGUCAACCAACAUUUGCUCAGAAAGUUCGGAAGAAAUACCAAAGGCAACAAAACAAGAAAGCUCAGAAGCUAAAGAAGCGUCUUAAGAAUAGCAAAGGAAAGGGAAAGCAAAAGUCAAAACCGAAGAAGAACAGUUCCAUGACAAAGGUGAAGUUAAAAGAGAUGUCUAAAGCAAGUCAGAAAAAGCAAAGGGACAGUCUGGCUGUAACAGCUUUGGAAAAUGCCACAGUAGCUGCUCUGCAGAAUCUUCAAAGAAAGAGAGGGCAAAAGCAGGGAAUGAGAAUUUCAUCAGCGUCGCCGCCACCCAUGUCACAUAAUUUCAGCAUAGAACAGUGCCUCCCAGCUUUGGAGCAACUUAUGGCUGUCACUCGUUACCAGUUCCUUCAUUUCAUGUGCCACAUGAAUACCUCUGAAUACAAGGAAAAUCUCAAGAGGCAAAUUGAAGAACAGAAGGCAAAGAAGAAAGAAUUGAUGGGAAAGGUUUCUCUAGCCGAGAAACAUGUGGAAAUACUGCAAAAAGAAGCGCUGGGAAAUCUCCGGUCACGAAUGGAUGAGAUUGGUUUGACGGCAAAGACGCCUCGGGAGUUACUUAUGAAAGCAGGCGAGCUGUUGGGCGAACACAAGAAGAUAAAGGAUAGAGUGAAACGGCUGGAAAAAGAAGUCAAACAUCUUGAGAAACACAAGAAUUAUCACUCACCCGGUGACAAAAACUCCACGAAGGAUGGGAAACUUACCAAUGGUGACUUGGACAUGGUACAAAAACCGGGUGAAACCCAAGUUAAAGACAAACAGAGCUUGAUGACCCACCUCUACGAAGAGUGGAGGAAGCGAAAGGCUUUGGUUGAAAAGGUCAACAGACUGGAGAGCGAAGUCGAACAGCUGGACUCCAAGAAAAAGGUCUGGGAGACGGCCAGCGUCUCAUCUUCAAAAAAUUUACCCUCGCCAGUCAACGUUGCGACGUAUGCAAAACCUGUCACACAAACUGUUCAGCCAAUUACAACCCCGUUUUCUUCCAACUCAAGCGCUCACUUGACCAAUUCUCAAAUCUCUGCGGGCUCACUAGCAUCUAGCGUAAUUUCCUCAUCAAGUUUGGUUUCCAAACCUACAGUUGCCAUGCCUGUUCCAUCCGGGACAUUUCCUAGGUCCCAGGCGUCACACGGCAGUGCACAACCUCAAAUUGUCAACGCAUAUCACCAAUGCUUGUUGCAGCCUGUAGGUCUACCAGUUCAGAUGGUUUCUUUUAUAGAUAAAAAUGGUAGACUGAUAACAACUGCUCCUAACACAAAGAAGACGACUCCAAAGGGGAACAACGCCAAAAAGAAGUCCAAAGCGACCAGUCCAAAAAAAUCAGAACUCAACGUGACGCUUCCGUCUUCAACAACAUUUUCGAGCCAUCAGGUUGUGAAUACAGUUGUUUCUCCGUCAACUCCAACGGGAUCACUGAAAAAGUCGCCAACGGUAUCUCGCCCCGCACAGCCUCUCGUCACCUCUCCAGUGACGCCAGUCAAUUACUCUGGUCUUCCCAGAAGUGCGAUACUCUCGCCUGUACCUUUGGUGACAUCGCCUGUGACACCCACACCAGUCAGGCAAGCGACUCCCAUUACGUCUCUAUCAGCGUCUGGCAGCGGAGUUCCUGCAAUGGUUUCGUUUUCCCAGAAUAGUCUCACGUUUAUAUCUCCGUUGAGUCCUAUGUCCAUUGCCUCAUCUCGUCAACCAACAUCAACUGCGACACCCCUUAGCUCCCUCUCGGCUUCCACGCAAAAAUACUUGAACACGUUCGCGACUCAAGUGGCUGCAACAUCUAGGCCAUCCUUGCCAAACCCAUCACAAAUGAACCCACCCGUUUCUGUCAGUCAGUCGCCUAUUAUUGGCAGAUCAUUUCCAAACACGGACCUUUCAACCGACCACAGUGCUGGUAUAAAGCUUCUCUGCGACCUGCUGAAUGAUACUCUUCCUGAACAGCCACCACCUGUUGCGACAACCUCAGCAAUGCGAUCUCAAGGAACACCUUCCUCGCAUGCUUCAGUUUCUUCAACUCCAGACACCUCGAGGGUCGAUGAAAGGAGUCCCGUCAACACCUCACCAACUACUCCCAGCAAGACCGUUGCUAAGUCCCCUAGGACUCCUUCCGUAGUAAACGUUUUAGUAAACUCGUUCCCAGGUGGGGUGUUGUCCUCAGCGGAACAGGCAAGCUCUGUUCGACGAACUCCAACACGCAGUGCAACCCCGCCGACAAGUAAGAAGCGAACUUCUCCUUUUACAAUUGAUAGCAUUGUUAGCUCAAGCCCAGAGUCACAAACAGGAAUUAAAAGCAGGAGUCCACCAGAGGCAGAGGUGACAACCAAUCGGAGCAGCCCCAAAGGUGGAAACAAGUCUCCCUCCACAAAUUUCAGUAUUGCCCAUAUAACUCGUGACAUGAACUCAUCAAACUUAACAAGUAAAUCCCGUGCGCCUUUCGUAACAAGCCCUGGUACUUACUCUCUUCCGCCGUCAGUUUCCUCUACUGAUGGAAAACAGAGCCAGCGACGAAAAUCUCCACCCUCUUCGAGUUUGUCACCUCUGGAGCAGAGUUCUCGUGUGGAAUCUAGUGGCGUGAUCUCCUCAAACACUGCCCAGAGGGGACUUACCCCUGUUCCUCUCAUUACGGGACCUAAUGAUGUACGUAAGGAUGGAAACCCUACUGAAUUGCCAUCACAAACGCAAGGAAAACAUUCGUCAAUGACCCCAGAGUCGAUCGCGGUCUCAGACGAUGUGUCCAGAAAAGCAGGUGCACGCAAAGACAGCCCAACCAAUGCCACCAAAGGGGGUCCUGUGAACCUCAAAGAAACCAUCCUCCCUACUGGGUCUAAAGUAACAUCCCGUGGUUCUGUGGCGUCCAAGGGUGAAAGCGUGUCUAAUGAAGUUUCCUCUUCAGUUUCGUCAAGCGUCAGCCCAGAACGCGAACGUGAAGCAUUCUCGACUGAAAAUCAAGACACCGUAAUCAUCCCUGACAUUCCCCUCGAUAUGAUUCCUCUCCCUAGCGGAAAGAGACCUAGUCCUAAGAAGGAAACGAGCUCCACCUCUUUGUCCAGUAGGAAGCGUUGUUCUCCCGUGCCUCCGGUACCGAAGUCCGCGAGCCCCGACACAGAAGUCAGCAGCCUUAUGGCGCACGAAUCUCUACCCCAGUCUCCUUCAAUUUCAUCGUCUGUUUCUAAGGCGGGGUCGGCGGUGUUGGAUGGACAAGCGCCUGUGUUAGUAGACAGCAAUCCCUGUUCUGCUCGCAGCCCAAUCCCAGUAGCACCGUCUCUGAUGAUGCAGUCUCCUCUGGGAGUGUCGCUGCCGUCAUUUGGAAGCGUGUUUUCCCUUACAAAAGAAGAUGAAGCCACGAGGGCAGCGGAAUUCACUGAUAAAAACAGUUCUCAAGUGUCCAAGAAGCCUGACCAAUCGGCUGACCAGCUUUCAGAACCUCCCAAAAAGAAACGCAAACGCAAAGAAAAGAAAGGUCAGAACAAGGCAAAAGGGGCUUUGAGUUUACUCGUUCAGUAUGACAGCGACAGCACAAGCUCUGGUGGGACACACACUGAAAGUGAUGACAACUCCGCGCACAGCAGUAGCCCAGUCAGCGGUACACUAAGUCCUGUUGUCGCAGAAACGAGUACAGAGUCCUCUCGAAACCAGUCUACUCGCGCUUUACCGGAGCAAAGUCAAGAAAUAUCAGCGAAUAGCGUUUCGCAAAUCAACGGGCCUGCAUCAAAGAGCAGUGAAGUGAGUGCCAGCAACAACAAACGCUCCAGCAAUGGAAAGAGUCCAGUGGAGAAGAAGAAGUCGAAAGGUGGAUGUAACCCACGGAGUGAAGUUCGUCCCCCUCUAGUCAAUCUCCAUGACACAGUCAGCACAAUGCAGCAAUUGAAAGGUGUCCCACCCAGCCCACAAUUGCCUCCAACUCCUUCUCAUUACCAGGCUUAUGGGAGCCAGUACUCGCCGCAAGGAUUGUCGGGCUAUGCUCUUCCUAGUUUCUCUCUUCCACCCGGUUCAUUUAACUUUCCCCAAAGUCACUCACAGUACCCGGCGACCAUUCCGCAGUACUACGCUGGGGAAGCGCAUCGUGUUCCCUCCGGAUACAGCACGGCACCCGGGGGAUUAUUCCCUCAGUGGCGAACCAGUUUCACCCCAAUGCAGUGUCAGAAUCCGCUGCCUCCGUCGUUCAAUUAUCCCAGUAACGGAAAUAAUGGAAGUAAUGUCUAUAGAUAGAAAAUUACUACUAGUACAUCAGGAUUUGAUUAUUUAUACUGCAUAUGUAUGUAUAAAUUUAUGAUAGUAUGGAAUUGUUAUUGUCAACAUUUAUCUAUUUAUCACAGUGGGAAUUGAUUUCUCAGCGGAUAUGUCUGGGGAAAACAGUUUUUUGUGCAUUGGGGAUAAAAAGUUGUUCAAAUUUUUUAUACAUUAGGGUUGGACUUUUUAAGGUUUUAACGAAACUACAGGCGCACUUGUUGUUUCGAAAUAUACAUAUUUUCCGUUUUCUUUUCGUCCGUUUUAUCUUAUUUUAAGAACUGUUUACAUGGUUAGGAUUUCUCAGCGUAACAUGGAUUUAUCUGCAUGGAAUUUAUCUGAGCCUGGCUUUAACUGAAGUAGUGUUGCUAAGCAACAAUGGCUUAUCAUGAACAAGUUCACGUGACAUCGCGUGAAGUUCUCGUGUUCACUCGUGUGAUUUCUUAUUCGACAUUAGCAAUCAAAUAGCAGCUGGGUUAGCCAACUUAGGGUAAUGUACUCUUCGGAUACUUUGCGGUCGCAAAGGGAGGGUAAGGCUCCAAUCUUCGCAAAUAGUAUGCUCUGAUUUGCAUCUUUAAUUAACAUGUUUUGUGCAUCAAUUCUCUCUUGAGACUAUUUAUGCCUGAUUAUCUUUGCUGGUCAGCGGGCAUUUUUUCAAAUAACAGUUGAAAGAGCUAAUAAUAUUAUUUUUUGCUGACUAAGGCUCGAAUUUCCCUAGCACUCUUCUUUAGAAAUGACUCUUAAAAUCGUUGAAAGGAGUUUAAGAUUCAUUUCUUUUUUAUGAGAUCCACGUUCAUUGAAACCAGCGGCGGCUUCUCUGAAGUUUGGCUUUCCUCGUUGGAGUAAAGAAAUCUAGUGCUAGAGGAAAGCUAUCGUCCACAAAAUGAGUGCUUCUCAUUGUGAUAAUUCUCUUGGCAUAGAAAAACGAAUUAAUGGUGGACGAUAUCCUGUAUAGGGGUUUUUCCCUGCAAAUGUUUAUGCAUGAAUAGAAAAGAAACGCUAUUUUUAUCAUUAAAAUUUUAGCUGUUGCGUAC